GGAGCCUUUAUUAAUGGUAAGCUUGACCUACAAAAGUCAAAAUAGAAAGAAAAAAGUCAAAAGGCUUUAAUCUAGAAGAUGUCACUAAUGCUUUAUUGUUAUUUGGUGGAAGUUGAGUGAUGGAUAUGUUUCUAAACAACAUUAGUCGGCCAUGCAAGCUGCGCACCCUCUUUUUAUACGAACAAAUUUUUAGGUUUCUCAAAUUUCACAUCAAAACCAACAACACAAACUUAUAACAACUUAAACACCAAGAUUUCAACCCUUUCUCUCUCUCAAAAAUGGUGUUUUUUCUUACCAUUUUGUCUUCCAUCCCUCUAUUAUACAUUCUCUACAUUGUACUUAACUUUCUUGACACCAAAAGACAUCAGAAAUGUUACUUAUUGGACUACCAGCUUUACAAACCCUCCGAUGACCGGAAACUGCCAACCGAAUUCUCCGGUGAUGUCAUCUUGAGGGCGAAAAAUCUCGGUCUAAACGAGUACAAGUUUCUUCUCAAAGCCAUUGUAAGCUCUGGCAUUGGCGAAGAAACCUACGCCCCGAAAAUGGUGUUUGAAGGCCGUGAAGAAAACCCUACUCAUCAAGAUGCCAUUGAAGAGAUGGAGGAGCUUUUUGAGUACACCAUUGGAAGACUUCUCAAGCGAACAGGGGUUUCACCGACGGAUAUUGAUGUUUUGGUGGUUAAUAUCUCGAUGUUGGCGUGCAUGCCUUCGUUAUCGAGUCGAAUAGUGAACCGAUACAAGAUGAGGGAGGAUGUUAAAACCUAUAAUUUGUGUGGGAUGGGGUGUAGUGCGAGUUUGGUUUCUUUAAAUAUUGUUGAAAGUGUUUUCAAAUCAAAGAAAAAUCAAGUGGCUAUGGUGGUGACAUCUGAAUCUUUGACUCCAAAUUGGUAUGUAGGUAAUGAUAAAUCAAUGAUUCUUUCUAAUUGCUUGUUUAGAACCGGUGGGUGUGCAAUGAUUCUCACAAACAAGCCAAGUUUAGCUCAUAAAUGCAUCUUGAAGUUGAACUGUCUUGUCCGAACCCACCACGGUGCAAAAGACGAAUCAUAUGGAUGUUGUAUACAAACCGAAGACGACGAGGGUCGGAUGGGCUUUCAUUUAGGGAAAUCCCUACCUAAAGCCGCAACCCGAGCCUUUGUUGACAAUUUAAAACAAGUUGCGCCCAAGAUCUUACCGAUCCGGGAGCUUCUACGGUUCGGUAUUCUCUCCAUAGUCCUAAAAAUGCUUCACAAUGGACGAAAAAUGUCAACAGGCUCAACCAGACCGGUUAUCAACUUUAAAGCCGGUGUAGACCAUUUCUGUCUCCACACCGGUGGAAAAGCUGUGAUUGACACGGUCGCUCAGAGCCUUGGGUUAAGUGAAUAUGAUGUCGAACCGGCACGGAUGACCUUGCACCGGUUCGGCAACACUUCAGCUAGUAGUGUUUGGUAUGUUUUAGGGUACAUGGAGGCUAAAAAAAGACUAAAAAAAGGUGAUAGAUUGUUUAUGGUAAGCUUUGGGGCAGGGUUCAAGUGCAAUAGUUGCAUGUGGGAAGUGGUACGUGAUCUGGAAGGAGUAGAAAAUGUGUGGAAUGAGUGUAAUAUUGAAGAGUACCCACCACAAACCCUAACCAACCCAUUCUUGGAGAAAUAUGGCUGGAUCCAGGACGAAGAUAUUGAGACCUUCAAACUACCGGAGUGAAAUUCAUUUACUAAUGAAGGACAAUAGGUUAUUUCGCAAUUUAUUAAUUUAUUUAUAGUUAAAGAAAAUGUAUAAUUGAUUGUGUGUAUUUUACUUUCUUUGCAUUGUGCGUUGAUUUUAUGAAAUCCAAACUUCAAUUUCCAAAUAUUA